CAUCAUAACUGGGAAAAACGGAAACACCUAGAAGCCACUCUUUCGGCGUUUGCUAACCAGCUGUGACUCUGGUGGAAUGGAGCAGUGUAAACACGCUCCAGUUUACAUUGAGCAACAAGAAGCUCUAUUUAUUCUAAAAUCAAAGUUAGGGACUGGAAAACCUGGAAGAAUGUCCAGCGACGCUCCAUGGAGGGUUUGGAAGUGGGGCUUGCUUGUUAGCUAGCUUGCUAGCUAGCUACUUAGUUUUGACAUAUACAAGAAUGUAUUCAUGCACACUGAUUGGGUGUAAGAAGGCGAAUUAAUAUUAUUUUCAUGAAGUCUGACGCUGAUAUAAGCUUUCGCUGCUUUUCCAUCGUCUUGAUUUAAACUUUUAUGUAUUCAUGCAUCACACCAUUUAUAUUCAUACAAUUGAAGGAAGUCAUUUCAGCGACAUGCACCGUUCACUUUCACUUCCAAAAUGUGUGUGUGUAUGUGGUGGUAGCUCGCGCUCAACACCAGGACCACCUCUUGGUCACGUGAUGCAAACCUGAAACCCCAGCAAGAGUACAGUCGGCUUCAUCAUUAUUUACCGUAUUGAAAGUACAAGUAUUUGAGCUAUUACGGUAAAUGUGUUGAAAGAACUGACGCGUAAUCUGAAACCUGCUGGGUGUUAUAAUGGCGCUGCGAGGGGCAACACGUGACGCAAAGUAAACGUGAGGCUGUCUUUACCUGUGUUGAACCCGAGCGAAGACCACCUUUGAGCUCAGCUCGUCGUCGUCGUCGGCGGCGGUGGUGACAGACGACAGCCAAGACUACGCGGUGACCUCAACAUGCUACCUGACAAAGAGGGCUCGGGCGUUGGAGGUGCGCGAAUGUCACCCGAAGGAGAGGACCCCUCUGUCAGCCUGUUUCGAGAGUACCUCCGCAUCAGGACGGUUCACCCGCAGCCAGACUAUGACGCCGCUCUGAGAUUCCUGGACAGAACUGCAGAGGAGCUGGCCCUGCCCAUGAAGAAGAUUGAGGUCUGUCCGGGCCGUGUCGUGUCCAUCAUGACCUGGCACGGCACCGACCCCAACUUGAAAUCCGUUUUACUCAACUCCCACACCGACGUGGUUCCCGUUUUCCAGGAACACUGGAAAUACGAUGCCUUCAGUGCUUUCAAAGACGCGGACGGCAACAUUUAUGGCCGCGGAUCACAGGACAUGAAAUGUGUGACAAUACAGUACAUCCAGGCGGUGAGACGACUGAAAGCCGAGGGGCGGCAAAUGCUUCGCACGGUGCACUUGGUGUUUGUUCCUGAUGAAGAGGUUGGAGGUCAUCACGGCAUGGAGACGUUUGUGGAGCAUCCAGAGUUCCGGAAAUUAAACAUCGGCUUCGCCUUGGAUGAAGGUCUGGCCAACCCCAGCGAUGCCUUCACUGUCUUUUAUGGAGAAAGAAAUCCCUGGUGGAUUACCAUCCACUGCCCAGGAAGUCCCGGCCACGGCUCAAGGUUUGUGGAGAACACGGCCGCCGAGAAGUUGCGCCACGUCAUCAACUCUUUCCUGAAUUUCAGAGAGAAGGAGAAACACAGGCUAAAUACCAGCCAGUGUUUGACUCUGGGGGAUGUCACCACUAUCAACAUGACCAUGGUCAAAGGGGGCGUGGCCUACAAUGUCAUCCCGGCUGAAAUGGACGUCAGCUUUGACUUGAGGAUCCCUCCUACCGUAAAUCUACAGGAGUUUGAGAAGCUGAUCCAGCGAUGGUGUAAGGAGGCGGGCGAGGAUGUCACGUACAAGUUCGCUCAGAAACACAUGGACCAGAACAUGACCUCCACAAAGGAGAGCGACCCCUGGUGGAGCGCCUUCAGUCAAGCCUGCGGGGAAAUGGACAUGACGUUGGAAAAGGAGAUCUUUCCAGCCGCCACAGACAGCCGUUUCAUCCGAGCCGUGGGCAUCCCGGCCAUCGGUUUCUCCCCGAUGAACCAGACGCCCAUCCUGCUGCACGACCACAACGAGUACCUGAACGAGCGCGUCUUCCUGAAAGGCAUCGACGUGUACGCCGAGCUCAUACCGGCUCUGGCCAACGUCGCCGCGUCUCCGGAUGAGGCCUAGGAACUCACCGAGCGUGAAGUAGCAACAAGCCUUUUUCAGCAUUCUCAGGUCGUAUGCACAAAUAGCUCCAAGCUCAAUCACCUUGGUUGCGUGCGUGUCUUCAAGGACGGCUCGUAGAAACACACGCUUCUUGAAAUCAGCUUCUCACCUGCAGUUGAAUAAAGAUAUUUGUCUCACA